AAAGGCCCCAAUAACACACCACCACCUGAGUUUUCCCGCUCGUAUACACUCGCUUUUUUCGCCCAGCGGAGUAAAGAGGAAACUGCCUUACACUCUCAUCGCAGCUUCGAAUACACUGUAUACUUAUUCCGUAGAUUCUGAAUCAUGGCUAGAUCUUGGCUUAUUGAUAGCAGAGGACUUGCUAGAAAAGUGAAAAAUGCUACUCUUCCUGCUGCAUGUCAAAUCAAAGAAUGUGAGGUGAAUCGGGAAUGCCCGAAUUGCCACCAUCGCAUUGAUAACAGUGAUGUUUCUCAAGAUUGGCCUGGCCUCCCUGCUGGUGUAAAGUUUGAUCCAACUGAUGAGGAGCUGAUUGAACAUUUGGCUGCAAAAUGUGGGGUGGGGAAUUCGAAGCCGCACAUGUUUAUUGAUGAAUUCAUCCCGACUCUUGAAGGUGAAGAGGGGAUAUGUUACACCCAUCCCGAAAAUCUUCCAGGUGCUAAAAAGGAUGGAAGCAGUGUUCACUUCUUUUAUCGGACAAUCAAUGCGUAUGCUAGUGGUCGUCGUAAACGCCGAAGGAUUCAUGGCCAAGAAAGUGUGGAAAAAGGACACGUCCGCUGGCAUAAGACAGGGAAGACCAAACCCUUGAUGCAAAAUGGGAAUCAAAAAGGUUGUAAGAAAAUCAUGGUUCUGUAUGAAACAACAAAGAAGGGAUCCAAGCCUAAUAAAUGUAACUGGGUUAUGCAUCAGUUCCAUCUGGGGACUGAUGAAGACGAGAGGGAAGGAGAGUAUGUGGUUUCAAAGAUCUCAUACCAACCACAGAAGGAGACUGACAAGAAUGAGACUAAUUUGAAUCCUGAAGAAUCUGAUAUCGGGACAACCCACGGAAGUCCCAAGACUCCAAAGACAAAUACUCCCUUUCGUCCUAAACCAGUGAAAACUCCUGAUGCAGUAUCUGAUAAGGGGAUAAUACCAUCACCUCUCCAGCAGGAAGUGGAGACUUUCAAAAAGUCGUCUCAUCCUUUAUCUUAUCCUCAGUUGAAGGAACAAAUUGACUUUACUGCUACUUUGGCUGGAGAAUACCAAGCUGUUGAUAUGGAUGAUUUGCUAUUAUGCAAUGAGAUAAUUGAUUCUUACGCACCGUUGAGUGAUUUAAGGCCUAUAAAUUCUUCGAACACUCAAGUUGCUCGCAACAUAACCAACUUAACGCAGGGGGAUGGAAAUAGUACCUUCGGAAUUGCUGAUCUCGAGAACUUAGAAUUGGAUACUCCACCAGAUUUUCAGCUGGAAGAUUUGCAGUUUGCUUCUCAAGACAGUAUAUUUGAUUGGUUGGAUCGCAUCUAGACAAAGUCUGCACGAGGGUGGAAGUGAAGUCCCCGUUUUGUCCUGUCCCUCAUUGAAUUUCAGGUAAAACGUCCACUGACAAUGGAAAAAACCAGUCUUAAAGGGAUUCCAGGAAUUUUCACUUCCCCUUAUUUUCAUCAAAUGCAUUUGAUCUUACCCGACAAAGCAAUGGAGUUUCAACAACAAAUUUAUGUUGUAGCUCGGAAGUCUCUGGUUUCGCUUUUUGUGGCUCGACUGCACUAGCUUUGAGCAUCCUCGGCGUAUUUUAAUUACUAUGCUAUUAAAAACAUUGUGGUUCCAAUGCGAUUAGAAUGGUAUAUAAACUACAUUAAACUUGAGACUUGCAUAACGUGGAUUCCAUCAGGUUGAAAUGUUAGUAUAUGUAUAUAUAUCUCCCUGGUAGCACAAGGGUAUGUUUGUAAUUUUCAAUCCUUGCUUUGGUA